CUUUCCUCCUUUUCUCUCUCCGCGUAUACUUCUUUUCUCUCUCCUCUCUUUCCUCCUUUUCUCUCUCCACGUUUCUUCUUUUUCCUCUCACUCUCGGUAUUCUCUUUUCUUCCUUUCUCUCUUUCCUCUUUUCUUCACAUCCACACUUACACAAAAAAAAUAUAUCUAACAUAAAAUAUAUUAAAUUUCUUUCCUAAAAAAAAACUCACUCUUUCUCUACUAUUCAUAACCUUUUCCCAUCUUUCUCCUAUUCCCUCACGGGUACUUCUUCUUUUCUUCCUGCAUCACAUCAAUUUUUUCUGCUACACAAAUAUUCAUCAUCACCUCUCUCACUUACAUCACACAUCUCUCACAUCUAUCACUAAGAAAAAAUAAAAAUAAAAAACUAAAACCUCUCUUCUUUCUCUUCACCUUUCAACUCCUUAUAACUCUUAUCAUAUCUUUUCUUCCUUCACAACAACCUCCAACGGAAACAACCCUCAUAACUUGUGAACAAACACGACCACCGCGCCGGUCCCUUUGCAACCGCCGAACAAACCAUCAAAACCGUUUCUUUCCAUUUAAACCGAGCAUCAUCGUCAUCGGAACAACAACAACAUAACAACUUUGUCUUCAACGCUUUAUUUCUCUCUCGGCCCAGCACAACGGUCGAUCCAACCACCUAUCAAACACAACCACCACCAUGAAACCGACCUCUCUAUCACUACAACAAAAGUAAUAUGUGAUAAGCUGUUGAAACCAGAUUAAGAGGAAUCAAACCAUAACAACCGUUGCAGCUCACCACUGAGGGCAUUCAGAAGACAUGGGUAGCAAUCAAAAAAGUACUUAUUCAUUCAAGUUCAGGAAUCCAAAGCUAGGAUUGAUUAAGGGGUUGAUCUCAGAUGUGAAAAAAAUCAGAAGGAACAACUUUUGUGUUGAGUAUGGUGACCUGUUGACUAUCAUGAACACCGAGGUGGAUGCUUGGGCCAUUUUCACGUUGGCACAAUUCUAUGAUCCUCCCUUGCGGUGUUUCACAUUCCAGGACUUCCAGUUGGCGCCAACACUUGAAGAGUUCUCACAUAUAGCAAACAUUGGUAUCAAGGAUGAAAUCCCUUACACCGGUCUAGGGGAACUUCCUACACAUCAACAAAUAGGUUCAGCUAUACGUCUAGAUAAAGCGGAAGUGAAAGCUAAUCUUGGACCAAAAGGAGGCACUUCAGGUUUCACUUUGAAGUUCUUAGUGGGAAAAGCUUCAGAUUUCAAAAGUAAAGAAGAUUGGGUCGCUUUCAAUGCUGUGUUAGCCUUGAUACUCUAUGGGAUUGUCUUAUUCCCGAACAUUGAUGACUUCGUAGACAUGACUGCUAUACGCAUUUUCUUGCUCAAGAAUCCCAUUCCCACCUUGCUUGCAGAUGUUUAUCACUCUAUCCAUUGGAGAAAUGAGAAGAAGGGGGGGAUGAUCCAGUGUUGCGCUCCUUUACUGUAUAAAUGGUUCUUAUCUCACUUACCAAGCGAAGGGCCUUUUGUUCAGAACAAGGAUAACCUCAAGUGGUCUCAAAAAAUCAUGUCUCUCACUGCCAAUGACAUCACCUGGUACUCUCGUGUUUAUGAUGAUGUGGACAUAAUCGUCAAAUGUGGCAACUUCCAUAAUGUGCCACUCAUAGGAACUCGAGGUUGCAUCAAUUACAAUCCUGAGCUUGCUAUGCGGCAACUUGGGUUUCCUAUGAAUGACAAACCAGAAGACAAGUUGUUAGAAGGUUUCUUGCUAGGAGAAGGAGUGAAGGACUUUGAUUUGGUGAAGAGGAUAGGUCGUGCCUGGACUAAAGUUCGUAGAAAAGGAAAAAGGGAGCGUGGAAAGAAGAAUUGUAUAGCUAGAGGGCCAUAUACAAGUUGGGUCCAAGCCAGAGCUUCUCAAGACAAACUACCAUACCCUUAUGAGCCUCCAAUGCAUAUAAAUCCUCCAGAACCUACUCACGUCACUAUGGAGGAAGCUAAAGAGCUCAAAGUUGUCAUCCAAAGUUUGGAAAAAGAGAAUGAAGAGCUACGGUUGAACCUUCUCCGGAUUACUGAAGAAAGGGAUAAUCAUAAGUGGGAGCUUGGGCGGAAGAAAACACAACUUCAAGCAAAUGUGGAAAGGACUGAUAAGGAGGAAUAUAAGAGAAAAAGAGUCAAACAGGGGUUAGAUCAGGCUGAGAGCUGUUUGAAUACCGUCAAAAGCCAACUGAAAGAGGCUGAGAGGGAUUGUCGUGAGAAAGAGAAAUGGUGGAAGCUCGCCACAAAACAAAAGAAGGAGAUAAGAGAGACACUUGAGGCUGAGAUAGCCAACCUCAGUGUUUCACUCCGUGAAUCAAAAGAAAGGGAAGAACGAGAACGCCGCAGUAAAGAGAGUGUUAUGGCUGCUACUCAGGUUACACCUGAAAUGUGGAAUGGAAAGUGUCAGGAGGCUGAAAAUGCUAAUGAGUGGGAACGAUACUGGAAAGGCCGACAUGACUCUUUGCUACAAGAAGGUGAAGAUUGGAUGAACGCAAGGGCAAAUGUGAAUGCUAGUUUGGCAGCCUUCGAGGAAACCAUCCAGUUUUUACAUGAACAAAGAAAUGAGUAUCGAGACAAGUUUGCCAGUUUGAUAGACUUCUGUAAUGGCAUGGCUACGAAUGUGCCUUUGAUGCUAAAAUGUGCUUUGGAAGACAUAGACAAUGACAAUAUCCCUCGUUCAGUGACUGAAUUUAUUUAUCUUUGUGAAGACAUGAUAAAAAGGUUCAAAGGAGAGUUGGAAGAUCUCAACAAACAGAAGCCUGCAGUUUGA